GCGCGAAAGUUCACUGCCAUUACGACCUGCAUAUUGACAAUGUUGUUGAACAGUUUACUAUUUCCUCUGCUUCUCGUACAAGCUCCUUCGCUUGAAGCUAAGGUAAGUAGCUAGAACUAAAUCAUCAGUUGUUUAUUCUUAGAAACUGCAAGGUAUAAAGGAAUGAGUAACUUUUUUAAAGAAGAAGGAUCUGUUCUGUCAACUUUUCAAUUCAAUGCCGUUGAAAAAGUAACGGGAGAGAAAGGCUUUCGCACCGUGAAAGCAAAUAAAUCUGUAACGGACGAAUUCAAUGUUGAGUCUUCGAGGAACACGUAAUUUUAAAGCUUGCAGUCUGAAAUAUUACUUGCUGCUGAUAAAUAUUGAGAAGAUAAGCCGGGCUGUGUGUCAAGCGUUAUAUAAAAGCCCAGCACUUAUUUCAAAAUGCAUGAUACCUGCUUUUGAAGACAUUUAGACAUUUCGCGCCAAGAAAACACAGUUCAUCGAAGUUUGGUAUCUUUGUCAUACGCAGCAAAAAUCAGUUCCUAGCUCGGCCUUGAAGCAUUAAUUAGCAAGUGCCGUUUAAUAUUCAUUGUUUUAAAAUAUUUAAGAAAGUUUUUGAUUCACUGAAAUUUUUACUUUUUUGUUGUUUACACGGUUCAGUGAACCUGCUGUUGCGCUACAGUAUGCAAUGUCAGAGAGAAAACUAUAUUGUGAAACAAAACUGUCGUUAACUUCUAUGCCGUGUCCGGUCCUGCUUUCAAAAAUGUGACGAAGAAUUUCUCAUCCUAAUCUCUUAACAAAUAGUUCUAAUUCCAGGAGACGUAAAACUUACCGUUGUGUAGCAUGCAACACUAUAAACAACGUAUAAACAAGGAAAAUUAGAAUAUGAUUACAAAAAAGUAGCAUUCAAAUGUAUUCGGAAAAUUUGCUAGACAAUAUACUUGCAUAAAAAUUCAACUCUUUGCGAUUUUUAAAAUUUUUGCAUAAUUUGUUUUCUGUAUUAAGUACGCAAAAACUCUGAAAGGAGUUGUAAUAAUAUGCGUGGGUUUCUUUCAGCCUUAGUUAUUGAUUAAUUACUUAGUUACUUAGAAAACGCAAAUCGUUGCAUUGGAAAUGAUUCUGAUCUCUCCUUUCAUGUUUUCCCUCUGAAACUGACGGUCCCUCCCUGUGGCUUUCACGCCUCGCAAAAAAUGCGGAAAAAUCAGUGAUCUGGAAAUCCGACUAUGAUACACUGUAUGAGUUUUUUAGCCGCUUUUAAAGUUGGUGCUUGAUUACAUAAGUUGAAAGGGUGAUGGCGAGGCGCACGAUUUGUCGUUCAGGGCAAGUUGGUCGGAUUUAUUCUUUUUUUUUUCAGAAUAUUGCUUUACUCUUUCUCCCUCAAGAACGGAUUCUAGUCAAUCGUUUCGGGUCACGUGGUCUGAGCAAGUUCGUCUUGGAAACUUGGUUACGUAACUGCAUUGACCGAGAAGGCCUGGGAAGACGCGCAAAGUUGUACCCAUUUAUACAAAUGGGUGGAGCAAAUGUAAUGUGGGUUCAUUAUUACGGAGGUUAGCAACAACGGCGGCGACGGCUUGCUAAGGGAAACGUCACUUAAAAAGUCGCGCUGCUUCAAACUUUAUCGCGCUUAUUCCAUCUCGUCUAAUUCGCCAAAUGCUAGCAAAUUUUUUUUUUUUUGACGUUGAAUUCUAACGGACUGUGUCAAAAUUCUGGAAAAGAAAAAGAAAGUCGUUGUCUUGUGUGUACAUCCUCAAAAAAACGUGAAAUUAGGAAUUUUCACGUUGUAGUCGUGCAAUGACGGCAAAGAAAUGUACAAAAAAGCGUGAUGCACGUGCAGAGUUGUUGUGUUGCUAAUCUUAACCAACUGUUUUUUUUGCCUUUCUCGCUGAUGUCGCCGUUCUAUUGUCAUAUGGACAACCGACAGAAGUUUCUUGUUAAAUGGGACUGAACACCAUGAUGGCAAGGUCUGAAUCCGCAAUAGACACUGUAACUUCCUAAAACAAUUGAGAUUACAAAGACGUGGUUAAUGUCAAAAUAGCGAUUAACACUUUUUAAAAUCACUUUCUUUCUGCCACCCACAGGAAUUGAUAAAAAAGCACUUUACACUUUUAAUUGAUUAAUGUAUCAGCUAAAUAAAACCUAGUCUGUGAGCAAUCUUUUUCUUCUAUUUUUUGUUGAAGUUAGUUCAAUCUCGUUUUUCUUCUCUCUUUGAACGACACCCUCGUUUCUCGUGUCUCUUGGCUCGUGAAUCGUCCCCAACGCAUCUCUAGAUCAAGUGCUCGUAUCCUCGAUGAAAUCUAAAAGUUUACAGCCAACAGCUUCCUCUCUACAAACACGUUUGGGACCGGAACUGCAUAUGUGUCGAAAUUAGAGAGAGUCUAUAGAGUCCUCUGAACAGCGAAUAUCGAGCGUAAACCGCAGCAAAUGCGGCGUUUCUUCCUGGUCUACUAAUAACAACAACAGCAACAACAAACUUUAUUCAUAAACCGACAAUAUUACAGAAGCAUUUCCCGCAGCUUGCAAGGAUAUUCGAGGCGGGACAAUGAGAGCAAAAUAUGAAAUUAAGACUUAAGGCUAACUAAGGAAAGUUUACAGUUUACAAAUAAAUGAAAUCAAAAUCGUAAUAUGGAUGACGACUAGAUAACACAACAAAGAGGAAAGAAUUAACCAAAUAAAUUGUAAAUUUAGAAACAAAUAAGCAAGAAUCUAUUUUUCGACGUUUUGGGCUAAUUUUACCUUUUUUAAUUACGUGGGCGUAUCAAUAUAUUGUCAUCUUCUGAAUUGAAAAUAUCAAAAAGUAAUUUGCGGGUUGUUUUGUUUUGUUUUUUAAUUUAUUUUUAGGGAGAUGUCGGAUGUGAUGUAUACUGAAUCUCUUAAAGUAAGAUCUCUGUCAAUCGCGAGCUUUUUGCCUGAAUAGGAAUGAAAAAGGCAGGACUUUAUAAGCUUUUCCCAAAGGCUCGCAGGCUACGAACGUCAACUCGUGUCAAAGCAUAGAAAGAGCGCAAACACGCACAAGCAAGCCGGCUUCCCACUUUCUCACCUUUUUUUCACCCAUACGGCUUCCUGAAAUGUUAUAGCCUGAGUAUCAGGCGUUUCUGGGGAAAAGGGGAAAAAUGGAAGCGAAAAACUCUUCUCCCCUAGCCCCGUAGAAAGGCCUGAUACUCAGGCUAGAAAUGUUACAAAAAGGGAUGUCUGCUUAAACAACUUGUAUUAUGCAACAAACAGCGUGUAAUGAGAGCUUACACUUGACAACCACUGUGUAAACACGAGGCAGUUUGGUUCUGUCCUUUUCACAGACUUAAGUACACAGAAACACACGCAAAGAGACAGCUACGCAAAUUGCUCAUUACACGCCCCUGGAAAAAAAAGCGUUUUGUUACAACAAAAAGUUGAAAAAAGAGGCUCACAAAACGUAAACGUAUUUGCACGUGCGUACUUCGUGACGCACAAGUUUCUAACGGCAAACAUCGGAUAUGCAUAUCUUUUUCAACUUUUUGGCUUCCAUAAAUCACUUGCAUUUUGUUUUCGAGCUUUCGCUGGCGCUCCGUAUACUAGCUUUUUUCAGCUUGGUUCACUUCUUUGUCGAAAAAUGAUUAAAUUCAGUGAAGACGUGGGAAAAUAAUGAAAAAAUGAAAAAUCGCGGAAUAAAGGCCAUCUCCCCGAGAGACAAAAGUUUCAACAAAAUGCAAACUGAAAUAAAGCUGACGAACAUAUCAAAAACUAAAGAUUAAAACGAAGUUGGAAUUUAUAUGCUAAAAAUGUUAUUCGUUUACAAAAAAUCGUGUUAUUAUCGGAGAGGUACUUUUAUAUAACUGUGAGCUUAAAAUUAUAAAAGCGGCAUCUUUUUUACCAUAUUCAGAACGUAUUGUGUCCUUCUGAUUCUGGUCCGGCUACGCAAGAAACUUGUCGACUUCCACACUAGACAAUGUCACUGACAGCGCUAUUAUAGACAUACAUGGAAUACAUAAGUAUUUUUGACUUUUGCUCAAGAAAAUCCUGGAUGGACGUGUACCGGUUUACCUCUCUGAGAAACUGUUUUCUUUGAAAUACCAAUCGGUUUUCUAUUCCACGUACCAAUAGCAUGAAGCGGAUGUUCGUUUACAAUACAGUAAAACUGUGGAACAAAGUCAGUGAAAAUGCUUUAGUCCGUUCUUCCAAUGUAAAGAAGUUCAAAAGAAGUUUGUUUGAUUCAGUCAUGUGUAAAUUUACGCCUGACAGUUUUAAAAUUGACUUUUUAAAACAACUUAAUAUUUUCUUAAAGUUUUUAUCCAUGUGUAAAUUCGAGUAAAUUCAGAUAUUGAAAUUAUCUCUUACUUUAGUAUUCUAGUUUUUUAGGAUUUUUUUGAAAGUUUAGUAGCGUCAUAGGGCCAUAAAGUGAGGUAGACUGUUCACAGUCCUCCAAUUGUUCCGUAACAUCACCGUGAUCGAGCGGUUUGUGUUGCGGGAUGCCAUCUUGCACGAGUGUCAAAACUACUUAGGGGGCGGCCCAGAGCUAUAGGGCGCUUUCCAUUUAGGAAAAAACCCCGGAAAUUUCGGUGGGAGCAAAAGUGGAAUUUCCGAUUGGUAAAAAGUUGUUCCAUUUGGUCUUAAACCCCGGUACGUCGCGGUGCCCGACCGUGGACCUGGAACUGGUACAAACUACGAGAAACGUAAAUGGAACACGACAUUCCGUUCGGAAAUUCCAACCGGGAAAACGGGCCCACCUUUUUAGAUUUUCCACUUUUUCUGGGAAUUUUCCAGUGGGACGAGCCGACGAAACGUGUUCCAUUUACCGCCGAACCAGAAAUUCCGGAAAUUUUGACUAAAUGGAAAGCGCCCAUAAUCUCCAAUGCCCGUCCCCUCGGUACAUUUGAAAAUCAAGAUACCCGUGACGGUAAGACGCGGUAUAUCUAAACGAUCUCACGAAAAAAUAGGGGACUGUGAACAGUCUAUAAGUGAGAGUACAGUUGGUCGGUAAUUAUGCACCCUAUUGAAAUUUAAGUCUUCAUUCCUUUUUCUAUUUGUUAUAGACGUUUUAAUAAAGC